CAACACAGCUCACACAUCGUCUCUUAAAGUGACUGAAGGUAAGAAGAGCUUCACUUCGGUCAGAUACAACACAAACUGCUGAGGAUCAAAUGUGAUCACCAUUGAAUGAUAAACCUGCAGUUAUGGCCACCAAAGGAAGUUUGUCUUCACUCUUGAUUCUGAGACUUCUUUUGCUUCUGCUUCAUUUUAACCCUUCUCUGCUUUAUUCUCUAAAGAACUGCACUAUCCUUUACCAGGAGAAUCCAUCUGAUCAUGUUUAUGUGGAUUGCUCACAGAGGAACCUUUUAGCUAUUCCUGAUGACAUCCCUAAAGAUGCAGUUUCAUUACUGUUUUGCAGAAAUCAUGUUCUAAAACUUAAACAAGAUGAUUUUCGUGGUUUGUUCAAACUGAGGAUUCUUGAACUAGAGUUAAAUAAAAUUUAUCAUGUGGAAAAUGAAUCAUUUCUUGAUUUGGCUUUUUUAAAGACUCUCAACAUGAGAUUGAACGAACUUACCAGUAUAACAGCCAAUAUGUUUCAAGGACUAUCUAAUCUUACCCAGCUUGACCUCAGUUUUAACAGCAUCCAGUGUAUUCAUAAAACUGCAUUCAAUUUCCUUGUCAGCUUGCAAACUGUAGAGAUAAGUGGAAAUAAAUUCCAACAAAUCACUGAAAUCCAACCCAUCCUCCAUGUACCACAGAUACAGAAACUUAAACUGUUAGACAAUUCAUUUCCUUCCUUUGAGACAAAAGACCUGCAGCUUAAUUUCUCAUCAAGUCUUAAAGAGUUGCAUGUUUCUGGGCGUAACAUGCAAAUGUUUAGCAUCACAACUCCAAUUUUUCCUCACCUCCAACUUAUAGAACUUUUACGCCCAUUGCAGUUGUCUAAAAUGAUAUGGUACAUAUCGGACAAACAUUUUCUGAGAAACAUAACACAUUUAUAUCUUGGUUGGAGAGUACUUCUCUUUAAAAAUAUCAAGACAGUAAUGAAGAGUCUCAACUCUCUAUCAUAUCUGAGCUUAGACGCAACAAGCAGGUGGAUAGAGAGAGGGCUAUUGUCUACAGUUUGCAACAUACCAACAUUGAGGAGUCUGAAUUUGAUGUGCAGUGAUCUUCAGAAUUUAACUUUUGAACUUGCAUCAUGCUCUCAGCUCAUAGAGCUUGAUUUGUCCUUCGGUCAAAUGGCUGAACUGCGAAAAGGUUCAAUACAAUCAAUCAACCGACUACAGACGCUGAAUGUGACUAACAACCGACUCACUAUAGUUCCAUAUGAUAUAAGAAACCUUACCUUCCUCGAGGUCUUAAAUAUGCAAAACAACACAAUCCUCACGUUGAGCUGUGAGGAUUUUGUGAACACAACAAGUCUUAGAGAGCUAUACCUCACUGGAAAUCGUAUAACUGACAUCAAAAGUUGUGUGAUUGAAAAACUUCCUAAUCUCACAGUUUUGGAUUUGAGCUAUAAUCUAAUAAUGACAUUUGGAGACUCCUUUGAGAUUCCCCUACAUAAGCUUGAGAUCUUGGAUGUAAUCCAGAACCCCAUAAAAACGCUAGACGUAAAGAAAUUUCAACAACUACAGUCACUAAAAGUGUUAAAUGUGGAAACACAGCUUUUAAAUAAUUUAUAUGUCUGCAAUGACUUACAGCUCUUGGACCAUCUAACAAUAUAUUUACGCCCUCGAGAAAACUUUAAAACCUCUGUUUCAAACUAUUCUGAAAUACACGUUAACUCACACUCACUGAAAAGUCUCACAUUGAUUGCCAAAGACCAACCCACUGACUUUGAUUCAGUAAAAAAGUUUCUUAUGACUGUUAAACCUGCUGAAAAGUUUACAGCUAUAAACAUCUAUGGAGACCCUCCUGAUGGAAGAACAUUUAAGCUUACUCCUGAGCUCAAGAGUCUAACUUUAACAAAAACUGAUCUUUUGAUUGUAAAACAUAAAAUGUUCCUACCAAUCCCACACCUGCAGUCUCUGGAUCUUUCUGAGUCUGAGAUCAAGUCAUUGGAUUUUCUGAUGCUGGCCAAUCUUUCUGCUCUCCGAUAUCUGAAAUUGACAGACAGUGACCUUUCUGUGGUCAAUGAGACUGUCUUCCAGUAUCUCCCAUCUCUAACAUAUUUGGAUCUGAGUAAUAAUCCGUUUACCUGUGAGUGCUUAAACGCAGGUUUUAUCCAGUGGGUGAAGAGCAACAAGCAAACACAGGUAUUCAAUGGUCAUCAGUAUGAAUGUUCCUUUCCGGUGCCUAAACGGGGUACCUUAUUACUAGACUUUGAUGUUAAGACCUGUUGGGAAGAUGGCAGCUUUCUUUACUUCAUUUCUAGCACUUGUCUGGUUGUUCUAACUCUUCUUACAUCAUUCGUCUAUAACUUCCUGAGAUGGCAUCUCAAAUACACCUUCCACCUCUUCCAAGCCUUUCUCUACGACAGCAGGAAGAGAAAGACCAUGAACCCUCAUCAGUUUGAUGCCUUCGUGUCCUAUAACGUCCACGAUGAGGGCUGGGUUUACAGGGAAAUGCUCCCAGUGUUGGAGGGACAGCAGGGCUGGAGACUGUGUCUGCACCACAGAGACUUCCAACCAGGUAAACCCAUCAUAGAGAACAUCACUGAUGCCAUUUACGGCAGCAGGAAAACCAUCUGUGUGAUCAGCCGCAGCUACCUGCAGAGCGAAUGGUGCUCCAGAGAGAUCCAGAUGGCCAGCUUUCGUCUAUUCGACGAACAGAAAGAUGUUCUAAUUCUGCUGUUUUUGGAGGAGAUUCCUGCUCGUCAUCUGUCUCCAUAUUACCGCAUGAGGAAGCUGGUGAAGAAACGCACCUACCUGAGCUGGCCUCAGGCUGCAGAACAUCCAGGAGUUUUCUGGCAGAACGUCCAGAGAGCACUGCAGACAGGGGACUCAGAAAACACGGACCUGCUGAUCGGACCAGCAGGAUGGUGAGAGAGAGCUGCAAGGCUUCAAGCUGCUCCUCCAAUCCAGUCAUGAAAACUACAAGUCAUGAAAACUACAAGGCAUCAGAUGCUAGAAGAAAUAUAAAACCCUCCCAGAAAGUUCUUGAUCUCUUCCUUGAACAUCACUCAAUGAAGACUCUACAAAUCCCCACCUUUAACCUCCUGAAGAUGCACCAAUAAGAGCUUUUUGCUAAUCAGUAUUAUAACCUUUGACAUGUUAUUACCUUCUUGCCAGUUUUUUCUUAAAGGAGAAGAUGGUAUUAUGUAAAAAUGGCUUUUUGAGCUUUAUGUCGUCCAAUAAUCUAUUUCCUUUUAAAAAACAUGCCAGGAGUGUUGUUUUGACUAUUUCAUGCAUGCUUGAGAAAUCCUUUAAACUCCAGUAGCCUCCAUUUAGGCGCUUGGUCUCACAAAGCUCAGCCUUUUUAAUCCAAACUCCACCCAUUUCCAAAAAGGUCCUUCUUUCUCCCUCUCAGUUCCUCCAGACUAGCGGCAGCAGCAAUUAGCAACGAUUGUAAACGGCAUAAUGAAGUACCAUUGUUGUAAAGAAGAUGAUGACGUGCUGGAAAGAGCAGAAGCUUCUUAAAGAGAGAGAGGCCAAUUUCAAUACAUAAAAUUGCAAAGUCAAAUUUCUGUUAAGUCAUGUUUGAUAUACAGCAUAUUUAUACCAACUGAAGGUAACAGUUACUUUAUUAUGCUGUAAAAAUUGCCCCAUAUGCCAUUAUGAGAUUUUUUUUUAUCUGGGCAAAGAUGAGUCCAUUAAUGCUAUGCCUUCAUGUUAUUCUGAGAGGAACUGAAAACAAUCGGUGUUGCUGAUCUUGUGACUCAGUUUCUCAGAGACGAUUAGGAACGCUAACGAUAUGCAGCCACAGGAAAUGGCUGCAUAUCAGGAGGCAAAAGUCAGAUUUUAGACUGGUAUGACAAAAGCCAUACCAGUUUGUCACAUAAAUAUCGUCACACCUACCUCAUCAACCUCAUGUUCCCUUUUUCAAUGCAAAAUGGAUUCCUAUUUAGGGCUUAGGUGCUGUGAGUUCUGCUUCUGUUUUUAGAUGUUUGCACCACUGUGAAACUUUAGACAUAAAGAGCUCGUCUGUAAACCAAUAAAAGUUGCUUACUCUAAAGGCAAUAACCUUUUUUCUUAUACAUUAUCCUACCACAUCUUGUGGUUUUUAAAAAAUUGUUCUGUAAAUAUUUAUUUCUUUUUAGUUUUAUUGGUCUCAUCUUUUUAAGCACCUCAGAAGACCUUAAUGCUACUUAUAGUUUACUUGCCUUAUUUGCAUCAUAUCUUCAGUGAAAACAGUUUGUUCUGUGUUUUAAUAAUUAAACUUCCUUUCAUGUUUAGUAUUAAUUUGAUCAUAGAUUAAAUACACAACCUACACGGACAUCUGGAUGGAGGUCGUCAGGAACCAGGCUAGUCUUUCUCGACGCCAGCUUAAUCAGAGUUUACUUCACUUCUGGACAUGUUAAAUCUCGGCAGAUUUAGGAAACUCAAUUCACCCGUCAGACGGAGAGCUGGUAGCACAUCUCCCUCCUCUGACAAGGGGAAGCAGAGGGAGAGAAGGGGGGGAUGGGGAUUGUGCAACAACUUCUGUGUGAAACAAAAGAUAAAUGAUUUGAUUUGAUUUAUACCAGAUGAAACACGGAGAAGCAUAUUCUGCCAGUAGCCCAUGAAAAUC